UAGCCGCCAGUAUGUAAACUGAAAAGCGCAAGUGCGAAUUUGAGAAGAUAACAAAGUAAACAAAACCGUCUAGUCGAAAUGUCUAUCAUUCCGCAUUUUUACGACUGGGAGCGGCCUCUUCGUAGGAUGGAGAGGGAUUUCUUCAGAUCGGACCCUUACAUUGACUUCCCCUAUGGAUCUAUGGCGCCACGAAACUUCUUUGACCCUGAGUACUUCUUUAAACCCUGGAAUAAUAUGCUACGACCAUUCGAACAGUUGAUGAAGCCUAUGGAGCAGUUAUCCUCAGCCAUGAAUCAAUUGGCGUUGUGCGACGGCUCGAUCACUUCGGAUAACAAGAAAUUCCAAAUCAGUGUUGAUGUUCAGCAUUUCAAACCCGAGGAAAUAAGCGUCAAAGUGAUCGACAAACAUGUUAUUGUGGAAGGUAAACACGAGGAAAACCAAGAUCAACACGGCUAUGUAUCCAGGCAGUUUGUAAGGAGAUACGCCUUGCCCGAAGGAUGUUUGCCAGACACAGUGCAGUCCAACCUGUCAUCUGAUGGUGUUCUGACGGUCACAGCUCCAAAAGUGUUAGCGUUGCCAUCUACCGGGGAAAGGAUCGUGCCAAUAGCUCACACGGGACCCGUGCAGAAGCAAAUUGGAUUUCAGUAGGUGCAUAGUGUUUCCAAAAUGUGAUUAUUUUCUAAGACUGAAUUAUUUGAAAGUGUAAAUUUAACCGCCUUUAUUUUUGUUGUAAAAUAAAUAAUUAAGAAAUUAAA